UGGGAGCGCGACGCACAUGGUUUGCUUUACAAUGGAAUCAUUAUUUUAAAAGUAGAUUUAUGUGGCUAAGAUCUCGAGUGUGAGUUUAAAAAAAGUACUUAUUGGGUGAUCGUUUUGUUUCAUGGUCGUUCUCGUGGAUUCAUGCUAUUUUGCAUCAGACAAAGUUCGUUUUCCAUUCCCAAAGUGUUGCAAAAAGUCGCUGCAAUUACCCCGGCACAAGUGUUCCGCUUAAAAAUGUCACAGUUACUAUUCAAUCAACGAAUUAAUCCUACCACUGGGAAAAUGGAGUGGGUAGCUCAAAAUAAGGAAGACUAUGAUUAUUUCCAAGAUGUUGCUCGGUCAUCAUAUGCGGACAUGCUUCAUGAUACAGAAAGAAAUCAAAUGUAUUACAAAGCUAUUAAAUUGGCUGUGAAAAGCAUGCAUGAAAGAGGAAAAGGGGCAAAAGUACUUGACAUUGGGACAGGAACAGGCUUAUUGUCAAUGAUGGCUGCCACUGCAGGAGCUGAUUCCAUCACUGCAAUUGAGGUAUUCGAACCAAUGGCAGAAGUUGCACGAUCUGUUACAGCAGCCAAUGGAUUUGGUAAAAUCAAUGUCAUCAAUAAACACUCCUCUGAGGUAGCUGUCGGUGAGGAUAAAGACAUGCAGGAGAAAGCAAAUAUUCUUGUGACUGAACUUUUUGAUACAGAGCUUAUAGGAGAAGGUGCUCUCAAGGCAUACCAACAUGCACACAAGAAUUUAAUGGAAGAUGAUUGCAUAGCGGUACCGCACUCUGCAACAACGUAUGUACAAUUGGUUGAGUCAGAUGUUAUGGAUUCAUGGCAUUCACUAAAUCCCAUUGAAAUUCCGCUUGAAAAUGGGUUAUCGACGGACAUCUAUCCUGACCCAAGAAUGGAAAAAUGCCCUGGUGUACCCGCAGUUCAUGACAUACAACUAAGCCAGAUUAAAAGAAGCGAAUUUACUGCACUGACAGAUGCUGUUGAAGUAUUCAAGUUUGAGUGGGGAAGCAAAACAUUGGCUUCAUCUGGAAAAUCGUAUGUUGAAACAACAACAGUGAACAGUGGCAAAGUGCAGGUUGCUUUAUCAUGGUGGACAUUAAGCAUGGACCAGAAAAGAGAAAUCAUCUUGAGCACUGCCCCCUAUUGGUAUCACCCAACUCCUGACAAUAUGCAAUGGAGAGACCACUGGAUUCAAAGUGUCUAUUUCAUUCCCAAACCAUUCAAUAUGAUCCAAGGUGAAACGAUUUGCAUAUUUGCAUUUCACGAUGCUUAUUCAAUUUGGUUUGACGCGAAACCUAAAAAAACUGAUAUAAUUAUACCUCAUGAGCGACCAGUAUGUGAUUAUUUACCAAGAAUGUUGUGGAGUAGACCUAGAUUAGGAAUGCUUAAUGAUGCGAACAGAAACCUAGCAUUUUCAAAAGCACUGCAAAAAGUGAAAUUUGGUAAAUCUGUUGAUGAUGUCGCAGUGUGUGUGAGUGACGUUAGUCUUCUACCUCUGAUAGCAUGUAAGACAUGCUUUACCAACGGCCAUAUAUAUUCAAUCGAAAAUGACAGUAUUGGUCAAAAGGGCAUAAGAAAUAUUGUAAAGAAAAAUGGAUUAGAUGAACGUGUGUCAGUUGUUGAGAAAUUUCCCCCUGAUGAUAGUACACCUGAUAAAUCGAAUUAUCAAAUAAAUCUACUCCUGGGAGAGCCUUUCUUCAAUGCGUCUUUUCUGCCAUGGCAUGACUUAAGGUUCUGGUAUGCUCGAACUGAUUUACAAUCGUAUUUAGCAGCAGAAGCACAAAUAUUGCCAUUAAAAGCUCAUCUUUAUAUUGCUGCAGUAGAAUUCGAAAAUUUGUGGAAAAUUAGGGCGCCUGUAGGCAUUGUUGAAGGUUUUGAUGUGUCUGUAAUGGAUGGCAUGAUAGAUCAUGCAAUGGAGAUGAAAGAUUAUCAUGAGGCAGAGCCACAUGCAUUAUGGGAAUAUCCUUGCAAAUUACUAAGUGACCCAAAAAGUGUGAUGACUUUCAAUUUUUCUAAUCCUGUUCCUGAUAAAGAAAUAGUUUCAGUUGGAGAUCUGAGUCUUGAUUUAUAUGAUAAUACCUCCUCUAGAACUUGCCAUGGUGUUGUGCUGUGGAUGGUGUAUGACCUGGAUGAGGAAAUAUCAAUCAGUACAGGGAUCACGGAGAGAAAAGGGUUUACAGCAAAAUGGAACAUCCACCACAAACAGGGAGUGUUUUUUCUGAGAAAACCCCUUACCCUAAAAUAUAUAAAAAAUGAAAAAGUUGACUAUGAAAUAGCAUUUAUUCCAACGACUGGUAGUUUUAAUAUGAAAUUCAAUAUACAGGCUCGAUGAUAACACAAUUGAGCAUUUUUUUGAACUCUUGCAGUUUUCAAAUACAUCAUUUUCACAAAUUA